GCACCUAGGUGUUUGAACAACGUCCAAGGGUGGGUGGGAUGUGAUGGAUGCUUUUUGCAGGAGGACCAGGGCCGUUAAACUCCAUCCAGGCCGUCUAUAUCAACGGGCUCCUGUAAUGAACCCGUCCUGGCUUAUAUCACCGGUUGCUGCCAUCUCUUGUCCUCCUUCGUCGGAAAGCUUUUGUACCGCCAUCGCACAGCCUGCAUCGUCGUAUCCAUAUUGCACAAGAUAAUAAUAGCACACAAUAAGGAUACCACAGAAUGUCGACCAAUGACCACAAGGAAGAGAUCAGUGAUCUGCGCUCCCACUCGUACCACAGAGAACACCGCCACCCCGAGCACCGGUCCAACCGGUCGCACCGAGUGCCCAACGGCUACGACGACCCUGAGGCAGAGUACAUCGCCCCGCACGCAAGCCGCGACGAUGUCCUCAGCAGGAUGAAGACGGCCGGGUCCGUCAGCAUGUCACCGGAGCUGUUCGAGAAGCUGUACCUCUCACCCCAGAACAAAGUCAAAGGGGACCUCCGCAAGACCUUCGGCAACCCGACGCCAAUCGCCAUCGUCGGCUUCCUCAUCUCGCUCACGCCUCUGGCCUGCGACCUCAUGGGGUGGCGCGGCGCAGGCGGCAGCGGCGCGGCCGGCAUCGGCUCGUAUUUUUUCUUCGGCGGCCUCCUCAUGUUCGUCGGUGGCCUCCUUGAAUGGGUCCUCGGCAAUACCUUCCCCUCCGUCGUCUUCUUCACCUUCUCAGCCUUCUGGUUCACUUUUGGCGCGACUCUCAACCCCUCCUUCGCGGCCUUCUCCUCCUACGCACCCGCUGGUGCGGCGUCCGGAGCCGCGGGGCUGACGACCCAGGGGUUCAACGCCAGUUUCGGCUUCUUCACCCUCGCCAUGGCCAUGAUCUGCGUCGUGUUCCUCGUCUGCUCGCUGCGCACCAACGUCGUCUUCUUCAUCAUCUUCCUGACGCUCGCCGCCACCUUCUGCCUCAUCACGGCCGCGUACUGGUUCCUGGCCAUGGACUACACCGGAAACGCGGCGUAUGCCGCCAAGCUACUCAAGGUGGGUUUGUCCUCCUGGCGCUCUGAUGGCGCCGGCGGCUGUGCGUUCGCGACUUGUAUGGCUGGGUGGUGGCUGAUCUUCGCCAUCCUCCUGGCGUCUUUGGAUUUCCCGCUGGAGCUCCCCGUCGGCGACUUGAGCAGAGUGAUCCGGGGCAAGAGCGAGACGAGUCACGUUUAGCGGUAUGCUAUGUAUGUCAGUGGCCAGGGACAUGGUUCAGCCAUAUGCCAUGCCGAUGCGUUAAGUAGGUCGACGGUAUCAGAAACAUCUUACUACCUAGGUACAUCAGCUUGUUCAAUGGGUUUAACACUACGAAUAAUGCGACAUUCCGCGUAAAGCUCUACAAACAUGGAUGGCUCUAGACCUCUCCG